CGUGCUGCUGUCAUCUUCUCAUAAUAACCCAUGGAGACAGCCAGAUGAUUGUCAGUGAAACUAAUCAUCGUCAAUUGCUCAUAACGCACUUGGUGUACAGAUCACGAGCAGUUUCAUAAUGUUACACAUAGCGAAAUGGACAUAGCUACUCUCUGUCUAUCAGUCCUGCUUUUGGCAAUAUCGCAUGGCUGUCCAAAAGAACACGAAGACAACUUAAUUUUUGACAUCUGCCAAACCAACACGGAGGUAGCGAACGUUUCAGCAUCCGGGUACCUCCGGCUCCGGGUCACGUCAUCCCUACUGGACUGCAACUGUACCCUGUCCACGCCGCGUCCUGACCACCUCCACGUGGGGCUGUACACAGAUGGAUACUUCCCCCAUAGCUUCAACCUGUUCGCAGGGCCGGUCAACAAGAUAGCGGUCAACGCCGGGAUAGUGGGCAAGGGCGUGGGGAACGGGGAGAUCAGCACCACCCAACCCUGGCAGUUGAAUCUAAACAGGAACUGGCAUAUCAAACAAGGCAGUCAGACUAGCCGGAAUGAGAGUCUUUGUCUGGGAUAUAGCGUCAGUAAUGUGGACGUGUUAAUCAAGUGCAACGCUUCAUUUUACAAAUAUGGAAGAACUGCUUCGCCUGUCUUGAAGAGAGUGACGUUGGCGUUGGCCAUUAUGGUGCCUGUUCUGCUGGUCCUCCUGCUGACUGUCAUCGUCAUCUCUUAUGGAAUCUACAGCAGGAGCAAAUCCCGUGCGGAAUAUGAACUCACGACAAUACCCAUCGAAACACAAAAAUGUUCACCUAAAAGUACCCCAUCUUUGAAAAGAACCAUUAGAAUUAACCCGGAUGUGUGUGCUGGUCACGUGACAGACUCUGACUCGAGGGAGGGCGAAUGGGAGUUCCCUAAACCCCCACCAGAGGCGUACAUAGUAGAAGAGCGGUGUUCCGGGAGUGCGUUAUAAUGGGAAUGCUCUCUCAUAGACAAAGACUACCAGAGACAAUAGGCAUGCAGUGCCGUAUUGAUUUGUAUGUAUCAUAUUGUUUUCAAGGUCUGGAAUUUCUUGAGUAAUCUCUGAUUGGUUUCAUUUGAACACAAAGUAUCUUCACAGUUGCCUCUUUCCUACUGUACAUAUUUGUACAGAUGACGAUAAGAGCAAAUUGAACUUUCGUAUGAAACAGAAUUACUCGUAAGAUCCUACAGUGUCAUGAUAUAGUCUAUGGUCUGUAUUUCAAGAUUUUUCAGUUACAUGUCCUCGAUGUGUUGUAAUAAAAGGGAAAGAACAAAUG